UGCUAUACUCUCUCUCUCUCUCUCUCUCUCUCUCUUAUCUCAGAGCCGGUUGAUUCCAGCUGUGCGUACAAAAAAAGCCAUCUCCGGCUCGUAAUACGAUCAGCGGUUAUUCCAGCGCUUUGAAUUCGAAAAUGGAGCAUUGUCCAGGAUUUGUCGAUGGCGUGUUUCAUUUACCAGGAGUUACUAAAGAGUUUCUGAGUCAAAUCAAAGAUCUUCCAGUCAAAGCUGAGGAUUUGUUUGUUGCCACGUACCCUAAAUCAGGAACAACAUGGGUUUCUGAAAUAGCUUACCAGAUUUUUUGCUACGGAAACAUCAGUGACAGAGCAAUCAGAGAUCGAGUUAGCUUUCUUGAGAGCUUGAAGCUCUUUAACAAUGUCAAUACAAAGGAAGAACUCAAUGACUUGUAUUUGAAUCAUCCUUCACCGCGUAUCUUCAAGACCCAUUUACGAUACCAUGAAGUACCCAUGGSAGAUGGUAAAACCAACAAACCAAAGUACAUCUACRURGYRCGGAAUCCAAAAGACACUGCUGUUUCRUUCUAUCACCACUACAGGAGACUUAAAUAUUACAAGUUUUGUGAUCGAACAUGGGAUGAGUUCUUUGAAAUGUUCAUCGAUGGUCGAGUUGAAUACGGCAGUUGGUUUGAUCACGUGCUUGGAUGGUGGGCUCAUCGUGAUGAAGACAAURUUCUGUUCCUWAAGUACGAAGACAUGAAAAAGGACCUGCCUUGUGCUGUUCAACAAAUAGCCAAGUUUCUGGGUAAAGAUUUAUGUCCAGAGAUGAUUCAACGUAUCGCUGACCAAACAACCUUUACUGCCAUGUCUGAUGGCAAAGGACGAUUCUACGAUGGUGAUCCAAACGGCCUAAAACUAAGAAACCCGGGUACAACAAAAUUCCUUCGAAAAGGCGAAGUUGGUGACUGGAAAAGCUAYUUCACAGAUGAACAAAACCGACGAUUUGAUGAAAUGUACGAGCAGAGAAUGGCUGGGAGUGGACUUGAUCUAGAGUUCUGAAAUGUAUUUUUGACUGAACAGUCAGUUCGUAGUAACUUCAAUCUUGUUUUGGGAAAUUCAAAAACACCUUUACUCCAGUCCUUGCGCUUGUGUUCUAAGCUUCAAUUUUUUUUUCACGGAAGGAAAAAAAAUAUUUGAUCUUACCUCUAGUGUAAUUUAAAAUUGCUCUCUAAUGCAAGUGUCAGUAAAGAAAUACAAUAUCAUAAUAUAACGUAAUGAUUAUGGGCCAGAAAAAUAUCAAUUUUGCCUAGUGAGAUGCUGCAGCACAAUUAAAGUUAAAGAAAACCCGU